GCGUCCGUCGGCCGGGCAAGCGAUGGAGCGCUGGGUGUCGGCCGGCUGGUCAAGCUGGGCCGGGUUGUGGCGGGCCGGCUGGGCCGGUUGGCCCGCCUGGGAGCUACUGGCCGCCUGUGCUGUUAUCGGCGCGCUGGGCUGGCUGCUGCGGGUGCUGGAGCGAGGCCCGCGCGCGGGAGGAGGCCGAGGCCCGAGUAGGCCCAACGCGACGCCUCCUGAGGAGAGGCCUCCGCGCUGCCUCGACCGCUGCGACGGAGGUGAGAGGCCUUUCCCCGCGGCUGCCUUCCCGCUCCUUUCUCCCGCCGCCGCCUCCUCCCUGCCAGGGAGGAUAACAAUGGAUGAAAUCUUCUCCCGAUUAAAACAACUGACCCCCGAUGAGCUGAGAGACGAGAUCAUCAAAGCUGGCCUGAAAUGCGGGCCCAUCACCCUGACCACGAGGUCCAUUUUUGAAAAAAGAUUGGCCCAGGCUUUAUGGGAACAGCAAGGACCCUCCGAGGCCACAGCUCCCUUUUCGAACGGCGUCCCUGGAACUGCUGCAACUGAUGGGAAUCAGCCAGAAUCUGGAAAAACGAAUGGCCACCUUGCCUCCCCUCCCGAGGAGGGUGAUUUUGGCUACAGCAUGGGUCUGAACCCUCCCGAGGAGGAAGCGCUGCUGCGUGACGCGAACGGCGCUCCUGUUCGUUCCCAGAAUCUCUCCAAGGAGCCUCUGCUCUACUACGGGGUGUGCCCAGUGUACGAUGACAUAUUGACCAGAAAUGAAAGGGUACAUGUCUAUGAGGACAAAAAGGAAGCUUUGCAAGCUGUAAAAAUGAUUAAGGGGUCACGUUUUAAAGCGUUCUCAAACCGAGAAGAUGCAGAGAAAUUUGCGAAAGGCGUCUGUGAUUACUUCCCGUCUCCAAACAAGUCUACCAUCUCUCUGUCUCCUGUCAAAGUCUGUUCGGUCUUCGGUAGAGAUGGUUUGUGCUCUCCUGAACUGGAAACGGUCAGUAAAGAAAGAGCCAACAGUUACAAAAGCCCUCGUACCCAGGACCUGACGGCAAAGCUUCGGAAAGCCGUGGAGAAAGGAGACGAAAGUGCUUUCUUAGAACUCAUCUGGAGUAAUCCUCGCUAUCUCAUCGGCUCUGGAGACAAUCCGACAAUUGUCCAGGAGGGGUGUCGAUACAACGUCAUGCAUGUGGCAGCCAAAGAGAAUCAACCCGGCAUUUGCCGGCUGCUGUUGGACACUCUGGAAAACCCUGAAUUUAUGCGGCUGAUGUACCCUGACGACGACACCGUCAUGUUGGAGAAGCGCAUCAGUUACAUAGUGGAUCUUUAUCUGAACACGCCAGAUAAAAUGGUAUUUGAUACUCCGCUGCACUUCGCUUGCAAGUUUGGGAAUCCAGAUGUGGUCAGUGUUCUCGCUUCCCAUCCGGGCAUCGUAAAGAAUCCAAAAAAUAAAUACAGUCAAACUCCAGCAGAUGUCAUCUGCGAAAGGAGCAAAAAUAAAUCGGCGGAUCUGAAAACAAAAAUCAGGGAACACUUGGAAGGUCAAUGUUACGUGCCCCUCUUCAGAGCGGAAGAUAACGCCACUUCGCCCAUGAUUGGCGCCCCCUGGUCCCCAGAUCAAACUGACAGCAGCCCGCUCGCUUCUUUGCCCAGAUACCUCGGCAGCCCCAAAGAUCCAAUGCUGACAGUGAGGGCUUAUGCAGGGCCACUGAGUCCUUCCAAGGCAGAAGAUUUCCGCAGGCUUUGGAAGACUCCACCUCGCGAGAGGGCGGAAUAUUUCUACCACCUCCGAAAAUCUGAUUUGGAAAGAGGGGUCGAGCGAGUUGGAAGGGAGUUAGCUCACGAGCUGGGGUUCCCGUGGGUCGAAUACUGGGAAUUCCUGGGCUGUUUUGUUGACCUGUCUUCCCAGGAGGGGUUAGGACGCCUAGAAGACCACCUGAGUCAACAGCAGGAAAUGAGCAGUAAUGCUCAGCUGGGAGAAAACGAGGCCCACAACAAACCUCCACAGUCUCACGGUAAAAGUAAAAACUGUAAUUCCGUCUCCGUUGGAGCGUUUCUCGACGACGACGAUAUGAGUUUGGAAGAAGUGAAAAACAGGCAAAACGCGGCCAGGAAUUACAGCCCCGUCAUAGCACCCAACGAACCGACCAUCGGUAGCUUUGAAAGCUCCAAGUGCGACAUUCUCUCCAUCGAACACACGGGCACUAUCAUGCCAAGGACCAAAACCUCCAUCCGGCCGGCCGAAAAAGGAGACCCCGUCAGUAAAAACGGAUAUUGCAAUCCGACCACUAGCGAUGAUAGGACAGGAAAGCACAGGAGGCACCCCAGCCAGGAAGAAAACUUUCAGUCCCCCGUGGCCAACUUAAUGGAUAAAUUUGAUCAACUCUCUUGCCAGGAUCUGGCCGUGGCGAGGGAAUGCUCGUCCUCGGGCAAGCCGAGCCAGAAGGUGGCAAAAACGUGGAAAUGCCAGGAGCAACUGCCUAAAAUGCUUUCUAAGGCAGGGGCGGCUGCCCGGAAGAGCAAGGAUGUCAAGAACAGGAAGGAAGACGGGGACCCCCAAGAGGCAGAGAGACGCUCGGCGGAAACGGAGGUCAGGCCUGGCGAGAGAAAGCCGCCCGGCGCUUUGGAAUCGCAACCCGAGUCGUCCGUUCCCGGUUUACUGAAAACGCCUUCCUCAAACGGGAAAAGCAAGCAGAUGUUCCUUUUAGGCGAUCAACCGUCAAAAUGGGACGAAGACGUUUUAACGGCGUUAGUUGGCAUCGAGAUCGACCCCCAGAGGUACCCUGCUAUUUACAAGUGGAGCGAGUCCGUGCGGGCCUAUCCUGCUUCUGAACGGCGAAGGUGGUCCAGCCCUUCCCUGAAAGGGUUCCCCAAGGGCCAAGCCACCCCCAGCCCUGCCAGAAGCCUUCCAUACUUCAGCCCAGGAAAGAACAGCCCGGGGAAAUACAAUGCAGCGGCCGGCGGCUUCUCUCCGGAUUUAGGGAGCCCGGGACGGUAUACGCCAGCGUACGUGAACUACAUCCUCCUGUCCAAGAGGCAACAUUUCUCAGGAUUGCCUAAUCAUUAGGGGGGGGGGAUUUCAGCCACCCCUGGCCGUGAAAAUGUUGGAAGUGAAGGAAAUUUGGGAUGGUGGAAACCUUUGACGGGAUGGUUUUUGUGACCACUUUUAAUUUAUUUAUUCUUGGAAGAGGGGGCUGCUGGAAGUGGGGGGGGUGGGGGAGAAAAAGCAUUCCAUUUAUACCAGAUCGUCAGAAUCUUGUAAUUAGGAAGUUAAACCUGAAAGGCCUCUGGAUGGGAAACCUAAAUCUUGGAAAUUUAGGGAUUGAUGGAUAGAAAGGGGCCUUGGACUCAAGGAAUUACAAAUUAUUGAGGUCCAGUCUACCUGUAAUUUUUUCUCUUUCUUUCAAUCAAUCUCUUUCAAUCUCUUUUAUUCCUUUCUCUCUCUUUCCUCAAUCUAUCUCUUUCAAUCUUUCUCCCAAUCUCUCUCAUUGUUCUCUCUCUCUUUCAAUUUUUCUUUCAAGCUGUUUUUUAUUCCCCCCCCUUUUUUUCUCAAUCUCUUUCAGUCUUUCUCUUUCAAUCUGUCUCUCUCACUCAAUAUCUUUCUCCAAAUCUCUCUCUCUCGUUUUUCUCUUUCUCACUUUCAAUCUGUCUUUUCUCCCAAUCUCUCUCACAUAUUGGGGAUCCUCGUGACUAAAACACCUGUAAAGAGAAAUUCCAUGAUCGUAACCCGGUUGGGCCGAGACAGGAAUAAAGUCACUUCAAUCCCAGUGGAUAUCGAGUGCAGAUUCGCAGUUUGUUUGCAAUCUGGUCUAAUUAGGUUCGUUAAGCAUAAGGGGGUUGAACCUUUAAGAGAAGCUAAUAAAAGUUAUAAAUAACACAAGUGAAUUAUUUUCCUCCCCCAUUCGAACUUCGUUUCUGGUUUGUUGUGAGGGGAUGCAGACUUUGCAGCUUCCACAGAAAAGCUAAGCAGCAAUAAAGCAGUUUUCCUUUCACAGGUAAAUUCAUCACUGCAUCUCACGGGAGCGUAUACAGCAUCGAUAUUAACUCCGUGUUUGAUGAAAUCGCUAGAACAGAUUACAGCUACUCUGCUGUUAAUUUUAAAUCCCACGCUGUUUAAUGAUGGCUAAUUUCUGAGUUUCCAACAUUUAAGAAUAAACCUGUCCCAAAUAAUGCUUAUAUUCACUGCAGGCCAUUUUAUAUAUAUAUAUAAAACGGAGUUCCAUACUUCCAUUCUUGUGCAAAAAAAGGGAGAGGAAAAAAAAGGAUACAAAAUGAGAGAAAUUGUUAAAUCAUAGGGCUUGAAGAGAGCAUUAUUUACAGCACACUAACUUGAAAUAAUCACAGCAUCAGGAACUGCACCGGUGGUUUCCUUACCCACGUGUAACCCACAUUUUAUAUACUACCUGUUUGAUGUUUUUGGUACUAAAACUUCAGAACUACACUCAAAAGACUCUUCCAGUUUUAUUAGUGCCUUUUGUAACUUUUACGUUUGGUAUUCCUGUCUUGCUUUUCAAUGGGUAACGUUCCCUUAUGUAUUAAACACAUUUUAACUUUC